GCACUGUUCAUCGAUUCGCUGCAGAGUGACGUCAGGACGCGGCGGGUAUAUACGCAAGCGAAAAUCCGCAACGCAACGCAAACCUGUCAGUCGUCGUCGUCUUCGUCGCUGUUGCUGUCGCUGUCGCUGUCGUCGUCGUAGUCGUAGUCGUAGUCGUCGUCGUCGUCGUCGUCGUCGUCGUCGUCGUCGUCGUCGUCGUCGUCGUCGUCGUCAUCGUCAUAAUUUUCUUUCUCGUUGUAUUAUCAUUAAAGAACUAUCAAAAUCUGUAAGAAAAUCAAAUGUGCACGAGGCCAUGCCGUGGCCCUGACCAAAGUUGCAUUCUGGCCCGAACUGUUUUCGGUGCCAUUAUUCGGCAAGAAUUCAACGAGUUUCUAGAUUUCUUACGAUAUUUUUCGUGAGAAAGAGAGAGAGAGGGAGGGAGGGAGAAAGAGAGAGAAAGACGCACACACAACACACACAUACACACACACACAGAGACAUACGCGUAGAGAUAGAGAAACCCAGAGAGAUAUCGUUCGUUAGUGCGGACGCGCAGUUUAUUUCAACGUGAAUACGAGGAAGAUUGUUUUUGUUCCAUUGAAUACGUACGAGUGAGAACAGUACGUUAAUCUCUACGUUUCGUCAUCAAACUUCGAGGAUUACAUUCCGUAUCUGAGCGGUGCCGGAGCUCUCGUAAUCACUGGUGUAGCAGCAUAUUAUGCUACAAGACCUAAACCGGAAAAACCAUUGUGGCCACUCGACGCUCAAAGUAUUUUACUUCCGGCGGGAAGGAAAAUAAAGAAAGAAGAAAACGAAGGUGAUGAUACUGAUGAAGAUGAUGAUGAUGAUGAUGAUGAUAAUGAUGAUAAAAAAGAAGAAGAUGAAAAUCAAGAAUGGACAAUAUAGCAUCAACCGAUCGGGUGCCGAUUUGAUAAGAGUCUCGCGAUUCUACAAGGACAGCAAGGAGGGCAAGUUCAUAAGUUAUAUUCACGAGGACACCAAGACGCUUUACGAAGGCUUUCGCAGAGGUGCCAAAGAGUCCAACAACGGUCCGUGUCUUGGCUGGCGAGAUGGACCUAACAAACCUUACCAAUGGAUUCACUACAACGAGACUUUACUCAGGGCAAAGAACUUUGGUUCCGGUCUCGUAUCCUUGGGAUUGGUCCCUGGUCAGCACACAUUGGUGGGCUUAUACAGUCAAAAUUGUCCUGAGUGGAUCCUGACGGAACAAGCAUGUUACACGUAUUCAUUGGUCAUUGUACCGCUUUACGACACAUUAGGACCAGACGCGUGUGCAUACAUUAUCAACCAGGCUGAUAUCAGUAUAGUAGUUUGCGAAGAUGAUAAGAAAUCUAAUUUACUUCUCGACAAAGCUCCUAGGUGUUUAAGGAAGUUAAUCGUCAUUAAAGAAACGAGACCGGCGACGAAUCAGAGAGCGAAGAAUCGCGGGAUUGAACUUUUAAAGUUUGAGGAUAUCGAACGACUUGGUGCACAGAAGAAUCAACCUGAAGUACCACCGAGGGUUACGGAUCUUUGUACGAUUUGUUAUACUUCCGGGACGACGGGCAACCCAAAAGGAGUUAUGUUGACGCAUCAAAAUGUAAUGGCAGGCGUAUGCGCGGUCCUAUUGCAAUUGGGUGAUCACACACCGACCUGCAAAGAUACCAUGAUUAGCUUUUUACCCCUUGCACAUAUGUUGGAACGUUGUUGCGAGAAUGGUUUAUAUAUGGUUGGAGGAUCAGUCGGUUUCUACAGCGGUGAUAUCAAGAGGUUAUCGGACGAUAUGAAAGCAUUAAAACCCACCGUAAUGCCGGCUGUACCCAGGCUGUUAAAUCGCAUGUACGACAAAGUACAAUCGGAACUUCAGAGUUCGUUCUUCAAGAGAAUGAUAUUUAACAUUGGGAUGCGCUCGAAGGAAAGGGAGAUCAAGAAGAGUAUAGUGAGGAACAAUGGCGUAUGGGAUAGGCUGGUAUUCAAGAAGAUUCAAGAGUCUAUGGGUGGUAGAUUGAGACUUAUGUUAGUGGGUUCCGCGCCAUUGGCUGGUAAUGUCCUCACUUUUACAAGGUGCGCCCUUGGCUGUCUCGUCGUCGAGGGAUAUGGUCAAACUGAAUGUUGCGCACCGAUCACUCUCACUAUACAGGGUGAUCAUGUACCAGAACACGUGGGACCACCAGUAGCUUGUUGCUGCAUUAAACUAGUAGACGUACCAGAAAUGGAAUAUUAUGCUAUCAACAAUCAAGGCGAGGUGUGCGUCAAGGGUACUAACGUAUUUGUAGGAUAUUUCAAGGAUCCAGAAAAAACGGCUGAGGUAGUCGAUGAACUCGGAUGGCAUCACACGGGAGACGUUGGCAUGUGGUUACCCAACGGCACGUUAAAAAUAAUCGAUCGGAAGAAACAUAUUUUUAAAUUGUCCCAAGGGGAAUAUAUAGUUCCUGAAAAAAUCGAAAAUGCCUAUUUACGUAGCCAAUAUGUGCAUCAAGUAUUCGUCCAUGGGGAAUCUUUAAAAUCUUGCGUCGUAGGGAUAGUUGUACCGGACGUAGACGUAAUUAAAUGUUGGGCCGUGGAAAACGGUAUACCAGGUACAUUAAGCGUUCUUUGCGCGAAUCCAGAGGUCAAGAGGUUGAUCUUAUGCGAUAUGCACAUGUGGGGAAAAGAAAAUGGUUUGAAGUCUUUCGAACAGGUCAAAGAUAUUUACUUACAUCCGGAUCCAUUUUCCGUACAAAAUGGUCUUCUCACGCCGACGUUGAAAACAAAAAGGCCUCAAUUAAAAGCAUACUUCAAGCCCCAAAUAGAAGAUCUUUAUCAACAAUUUAACUGAUCGGAUUGAAUGCCAGUGUCUUCGUCGAACGAACAAUUCAAACGUUUCUCCAAUAAAUUCAGAUCUACCGUCUCAAAUAUUCCUUAAAGUCUUAAUACUUUUAUUAUGAAUCAUUUUCACAGAUAUAUAGAGCAUCGCAGAAGAAGCACCAUCUAAGUUAUUGAGGUACUUGAUAAUAUUAUAUCUCUAAUAAAAUGUGUUAUAUUAUUA